CAACAACAAUUGGACGUUUUAAUUUAUUAUCUUUUGUUUCGUUAAACUACAAAACAUUUUUUUUUUUUUUUUCACUAUUAUAUUUUCCUUAUUUGUUAAUAAUAAAUGCAUGUUGAAAUUUAUUUAACAAAAGUAAUUUUAUUUGUUUUCAUUAUUAUUUUUUAUAUUUUGUUUAUUGUAGAAAUUUAUAAUGCUGAAAGAAUUUAACAAAAUGUGUUUCGUAGUGAUUUAUAAAUACUUGUUAAACAAUAAUGAGUCAUAAAAAAAUAUCAGUCGAUAAUUUGCAUAAAAAAAAUAACAUUCGUAAACGUAAAAACGAAAAGAUAAAAAUGGUUGGUUUUGGAAGUGGAGAAUCGCUGAGUAAAGCCUUGGCUGAUGUAUCAACUGAAUUGACAAUAAAUAGUGAUUUUGAUGAUGAUGAAGAUGACGAUGAUGAAAAUUAUAAUGAUACAAAUAGUUUAAUUAAAAAAAGCGUACCAAAAGUAUCACUUGUUGAUGGAAAAAAGCAAUUAAAAAAAUUAAAAAUAAAUAAUAACUACAAUGGCAAUGAUGCCGAUGAUGAUGACGAAGAAGUUGAUGAAAAUGUUUGGUCAAUUUCGGUUCAAAUGUUUAUUCCAUUUAUCAUGGCAGGAUUGGGAAUGGUUGCUGCUAGUUUACUCCUCGACAUUGUCCAGCACUGGAAAGUAUUUGAAGUAGUUUCUGAAGUUUAUAUACUAGUACCAGCAUUACUUGGUUUAAAAGGAAAUUUAGAAAUGACACUUGCAUCACGUUUAUCAACUCAUGCUAAUUUAGGACACAUGGAUACAUUAAAACAAAAAACAAAAUUAAUAAUUGGUAAUUUAGCAUUAAUACAAUGUCAAGCAAUGGUGGUUGGUUUAUUAGCAUCAAUUGCUGCUGUUGUACUUGGUUGGAUACCAGAAUCAAAUUUUAAUAUACAUCAUGGAUUAUUAUUAUGUGCAAGUGCACUUGUUACAGCAUCUGUUGCUAGUUUUUUACUUGGAAUUAUUAUGGUUAUUGUUAUAUUAUUAUCAAGACGUAUGCAUAUUAAUCCUGAUAAUGUUGCAACACCAAUUGCUGCAUCACUUGGUGAUUUAACAACACUUGCAUUGUUAUCAUGGAUUGCAUCACUUUUAUUCAAUGCAAUUGAUGGACAAUCUUGGAUUGCUCCAACAAUGAUUAGUUGUUGUCUGUUGGCAACUCCAAUUUGGUGUUAUAUUGCUGCUAGAAAUCCAUUUACUAAAGAAGUACUUGAUCAUGGAUGGACACCAGUUAUAUCAGCAAUGUUAAUUAGCAGUAUUGGAGGUCUUAUUUUGGAUUACACAAUAUCAACUUAUAAAGGAAUAGCUGUAUUUCAAUUAGUCAUAAAUGGUGUUGGUGGUAAUUUAGUUGCUGUUCAAGCAUCAAGAAUAUCAACUUCAUUACACAAAGGACGAAGUAAAGGCAAUCAAAAAUUACCAAAUAUUUGUAUAAGUCCUAUUGAUGCAUUUUUAGCACCAGGUGGACAUGCUAGAACUGCUAGAGUAUUGUUGAUGAUGGUUAUACCAGGACAUUUAAUUUUUAGCUAUACAAUUAGUUAUCUUCAAGCUGGACAUACGUCUUACACAGCAAUAUUUAUUAUUAUUUAUCUUCUAGCUGCAAUUGUUCAGGUUGUUUUGUUACUUUAUAUUGCUCAAUUGAUGAUAUUUUGGAUGUGGUCCAGAGGCAUUGAUCCAGACAGUUCAGCAAUACCAUAUUUAACAGCUGCUGGUGAUCUUCUUGGCACAGCACUUCUUGGUGUUGCUUUUCAUAUUUUAUAUGCCAUUGGUGAUGGUGAUUCUGACGUUGGAGAUUAAUUUGUUUUAUUUUUUUUUACUAAUUAUUUGGCAUUCAAAGUACCUUUUUGUUGCUAAGAAAAAAAAUUAAUAACAAUUUUCGUUUUAAACAAGAAAAGCCCAUA